GGCUGGCAAACACGUCCAGCUCGCUCCCGCCGCCGCGCGAGAUGCUGCGAUUCCGGAAAUUAUUUCCGCAGCCCCGCUCGGUUAUAGGAAUGGUGCACGUGGCAGCACUCCCUGGAACGCCAAGAUACAAAGGCUGUACCGAGAGGAUCGUAGAGGACGCGGUAAAAGAGGCGGUAAUCUAUGCCGAAUCUUGCGUGGAUGGAAUUCUGGUUGAAAAUAUGCAUGAUGUUCCAUAUGUUAAGCAGAAGGAUCUAUCGCCGGAGAUUAUUAGUAUGAUGACAAGAAUAUGCACAGAAAUUAGGAAAGUCGCGCCGCAAAAUAUCGCAUGUGGCAUCCAGAUUCUCGCAGGAUGCAACAAAGAAGCAAUUGCUGUUGCGAAGGCUGCGAGAUUGCAGUUUAUUAGGGCCGAAGGCUUCGUCUUCUCCCAUAUGGCUGAUGAAGGCUUUAUCGACGCAAACGCUGGAACUUUAUUGAGGUUCAGGAGGCAAAUCGAUGCGGAGGACAUUCUCGUUUUCGCCGAUGUCAAGAAGAAACACAGCUCGCACGCAAUCACUUCCGACGUGAGCUUGUUGGAAACGGUAAGAGCGGCAGAAUUUUUUUUAGCCGACGGUGUUAUACUGACCGGCAACGCAACUGGCGAUGCAGUAAACGUAAAGGAUCUUACAGAAGUGCGGGAGUGCGUCGCGGCGAGGGUGCCGGUGCUGAUCGGCUCGGGCGUGACGUUGGACAACGUGGACAAUUACGUGGAGGCGGCGGACGCGCUGAUAGUGGGAUCGCACUUCAAGAAGGCUGGCCGAUGGGAAAACGCGCUCGAGCCGGAGAGAGUCCGCGCACUCGUUGGCCGUUUAAAGAGCCGACGGCGAUGAUCGUGUGACGACGCGCGACUGUAGCCGGCAAGCAGGAGAGCCGAGAGUACCGACCAGCCACCUACGAGGAAACGGCAGCUGUUCGACCAGCUGAGCGAACUCCCACCUUCGAUCGGCUCUCGGUUGCCAUCAGGAUUGACCAGCGCGCAUUCGCGAGGCGGGUACCUCGCGGCCCCCGGCAGACUUCGCGAGAAGAGAUCGAUUUGCGAGAGAAAAUUAUUUGAUUCUCCAACACUUGCGCUAAUUAUUACGAUCGUGACGUAAUCCAAAAUAUAUUCAUAUUUACGUACUUCACGCUGUCAAAUUCAAAAUCUGUCGGAACGUACCGCUCUUGCCAAUCGUGUAUCCUGCCAAGAAGAAAUACAAAGGCGCUCGGGAAGGAUAAAAUCGUAACCAGACUGGGGAGGCGCGCGUUCUGGUAAUCCAUAUCGGAGCACCCUCGCGAGGCUACAUCCCUGACAUCGUUCCACGAAGAACCCCACCAAGCCGACAUUGUCUCUCCCCCUGUUCGCCCUCGCAAUCCCCCCCAGUGCCCGCCAUUCCUCUGUCCCAGGGGGAUCCUCUCGCGCCUCGCUCCCCCAAUCUAAGACCUCUCCUUGCUGCUCCAUUCCCGAGCCAGCCCCACUUCCGCCUCGCUCCUCUGCCACCUAUCGUGUUCACGUAUCUCUCUCUCUCUUUCUCUCUCGUCUCUCUUCAAGCUCCUCACCCCCUCGCUCGCCGCAAUUCCUCCCUCUUUCCGCUCACCGUCAUCGAGCUCCACGGGCCGCCAGCCAGCCAACAGUCGAAAUCAGCUGACGGCGUGCAGUUGCUACCACGGCUCCUCAAACGCGAUACUGCUCAGGCAAGUUGGUCCUUUCGCAAGCUUCUCCGAUCGUCCUCGAUAAUUAUGUACUUGGCGCAUCGUUAUGCACUGAGGAAAACUUGCUGAGAGAAGACUCGUUGCCCUUCUAACCAGAGAGAAGCAAAUUCGAGAUCAAGGUCGCCGUGAUCGCCUCGUUCGUCCGCCCACGGAACCACGUCGAGAUUAUACAACAGUAUGAGAAGAAGAAGAAAGAGAGCGAGAGAGGGGAAAGGAAGAAGAAAGGGCGAAAAGGGGGAAGGAAGAUAAACAUUUGAGACAAAAUGCAGCCUGAUCCAAGAGAGAGAAUCUAUUUUCAAAUCUAAAAUUUGGAAAGCACUCCUAUAAAUAGUCUAACGUUCGGAUCUCUAAGAUAGAACACUUAUCAAAUAAAACAGAAAAAUUAUCACAUAGACAAAUUAUGUUUAUAUACAAACUUUGAGAGAAAUCUGAGACUAUAGUUUGUGGGCAAAACAUAUUUGUAUCAUCAAGACUAACACAUUUCAAAUCAAGUUCAAAUUAUUUUCUUCAAAACAACAGAAUUUUGCCAUUUAUAUGUUUAUUCCAAUAUUUUUAUGAAAAGCAGUUCUAUUGUUGAUUUUCAAAGAGUUAAGAGUAGAGAAAUUUUGUUCUCGCUUUUUCUCUAUAAAUAUUUUUUUAACAUUUCAUUUGCUUGUUCUUUUCUAAGAACAUUUUGACAAGAAAAAGAUAUAAUAUUAAUUGUUUAUUUCUUUUAAUAUUACUUGACAUUUCUGGUAUAAUGAAGAGAAAAAAAAGCUUUGUUAGUUAAAUAAGUAUUGAACAUAUUAUGUCAUCAAAACGAGCUAUGUAUAGAAUGCAGUGAAAAGAUAAGAGAUUAACUGCGUAUUUUAUUGCGCUUCCAAUGCUGCUAGAUUACGAAAAAGGAAAAUAUGUUUACAAGUUUGUUUGUCUCUGUGUAUGAUAUUAGUAAAAUGCAUAGUUUAAACAGCAUUUAAUAAAAAUAUCUCCAAAAUUAAAUUCUCUCCAUUUCUGAUAUCUCAGGAUGCAAGAAAAUGCAUUUAAUUCCAUGUUAUUUAAUUGCUUCAAUGUUUCAUCAUAAUGAUGCUAUUAUUACGCAUAAUGAAGAAGCGCUUUGAUAACUGAAUAUCAAAACAACGUUUUUGUUUCUUUCAUUAAGAAAUAAAAUAUUAUAUUAAAAAUAUGAAUACUCAUUUCGAUAAUAUGCUGACAACUUUAUAGUAAAAAUUUUUGCUUCGGUAUUGCAAAGAAA